CUCUAUUGAGUCUGGCAACCCUACCUCACUGUUCAUUGCUAAGCAAAGAGUGUGAUGUUUAUGUUGUGAAUUAUGGCAUUUGAUUUGCUACAGUUGGCCAUGACUGCAUUGUUUUCUGGCUAUUGAUUUUCCUGCCUUUAAACCGAAUUGGUGGGCGCAUGGUGCUUAUUUUCUUGCCUUGUGGGCGGAUUGGUGAUUGUGUGUGGCAUCUGUCUUAUAUAAAUAACUUAAAAUAAUAAGUUAAAUAACUUAAAAUAUACUACUUGCAUUCAAUGUUUUUCUGCUUCAUGUUGAUUUACAAUCCCUACUCACACCUCCACACAGAAUUUGUGACCAUGGGCCUGCCGUGUCUACACUUUUGAGACAUUUCGGGAUCUCAGACUUGCUCGAAGUCUCUCAUCUUAUUAACUUUAAUGCCCAGACGUGUAGUCAGAAGAAACACAACAUACCCGAUUGCUUCACAUCUUCAGGAGCUGUUUGGAACCCGCAUUCCAAAGCUGAGAGGCUGAGGACUUUCUUAACAAUGCUGAUUUCUUGAACAAAAGCCAGAAGGGUUUCCUCAUUCAUGUAGCCUUGUACAACCAUUCAAACCAUAGCUGACACCCAUUUGUUGCACAGGCUAUUUGACUGUCUCUGCCAUGGGCAUAUGGUUGCGUCAUCCAGCCAGGAAUAAUGCUAGCAGGCCUGGCUUGCUAGAGAGAUGCUUUGGGGCUGUAAUUCUGUAACCAUGUAUUUAUUAUUUAUUUGUGUUUCACAAUUGUAUCAUGCCUUUCCUCUAAGUUGUUCAAGAUACAGCAGAGGUGGGUUUAGGGCAGCGUGACUGGUACCCUGGCAAAGGGGCCUAGGGGGCACCUUCCCGCCUUCUUCUGAAAGUCUAGUAAGUGCUGGGCUUUGGGAAGGAGGUGUGAGGGUUCUAGCAGGGUCCUAGAGUCCUCCUGUCUCCUUCCCAAAGCCUAGUUAGUGCUUGCCCAGCUUUGGGAAGGAGGCAGGAGGACCCUGCCAGAGCCUCACACCUCCUUCCCAAAGCCCUGCACCUCACUUACCCAGCUUUGGGGAGAUGGUUUUGGGAUGGAGGGGGUGUCAAAUUUUGGCCUCGCACAGGGCUUCAUAUUACCAAGGUCCGCCCCUGGAUACAGUAUACAUAGGGUUAUCUCCUUUUAUCCUGUAGGCAAUCCUUUCAGGUAGGUUAUUCUGCUGGGACAGAGAGUGACUUAACCAAAGGUAGUUUCACAGCUUACUAGGGAUUUUGAACCCAGGUCUUCUGCAUUCAGGUCCAAACACAAUAUCUGCUUCAACACAAGGAAGUACAUGUGCCCGAAUAAAUUUAGAGCUGAGCCAAAGGUUUUUUUGAUUACUUUUCUGGCUCAAGCAUGGGGUUUUGGAGAGGGACAGGCGGAGGUUUUCAUGAAACCACACACAUGCUUCACCUAUUUUCAAAGCUGUUGCCACUUGUUUAUGAUUAUAUGUGGUAUCAUUCUAAAGCCAAUUCAGAGUGAGGGCAUACACAGGGAAUAUUUUCCCCUGCUCUCACGCUGGCAUCUUCUGAGUAGGAAGCACACAGGAAACUGCCAGGCAGAAGCAGGGAGCUUAGAAGCUAUUGUAGCAAAUGGAGCAAGCAUUUUUCACAUGUUUGUGUCCCUUAUAAAUAACCAACCCCCCCCCCCUCCCAACUUUGCAGCCUGCAGCCAGGGUGGUCAAGUUGUGAGGCCUUUUGGCUCAGCGCUAGUAAAUAGGAUUGGACAGUUGAUGUGCUUAAGAGUUUUGCAUUCCAGUUUUUUACACAAAUUGUUUCCAGCAGCGACCUAUAUUAUUGAUACAAUAUAGUCCGCCUGCCAUCAUCCAUCAUGUGUGUGCGUGCUUAGACGCAGGGUGGGGGGAAGAGAGAAAGGAUCUCUUUAGCUCCUUCUUUUAUUGUAACUUUCCUUUGAAUCGGUCAUGCCUGAAGAGGAGUCACGCCGACAACAUAUUUGAACAACUGGCUCUUUUGAAAGACUACAACAUAUUUGAGCAAAUAGCUGUUUAUCCAAGGACUCUCCUUCUCACUCACGUAGGGUGUGCUUGUUCUGUGCUUGUUCGCUGCACAUACUCUCCUAUGCUAGAAUGAAUCUACAUGGACUAGUAAUGCCAGUUAAUCCCAGUGCAGAAAUGCACCUGCUGACUUCACAGCAGUGGGAGUGAAUAGUAGCAGCGGGUGUGGUUCACAAUUGUACUCAACAAGCUACAUAUCCUUCUUUAGUGAGCCCCACAUCUUUGUGUAUCCUACACAAUGCUAACUGUGCCAAGUCAGUUCAUAAGUAUCUGGCCCAGUCUUGUCUACUCUGACUUCCAAUAGCUUGCCAGAGUGUCUGGCAACUCCUGGCUUUCCUAUCUAUGAUCACUUAACCGGAGAUGCCACAAAUUAAACAUAGGACACCUUAUCUGCACAAAGAAUGUGCUGUACCGCCACCGGAGUGGUAUUCUUCACAUCCAGCUUAUGUCUUUAUUGUUUCUCUGUACCAAUCCAAUCACCCAUGCUCCUUGUGCCAACUUGUCCUUUGCUGUGUUUCUUUUCAGGGUCCUUCAGGAAGACCUGGGCUUCCGGGAGACAAAGGCGCCAUGGGGAUCCGUGGACUACCGGGACUAAAGGGGCAACCUGGAGAGAAGGGAGCCCCAGGAGAAGCCGGCAUAUCCAUCAUUGGUCCCCGUGGCCCACCAGGACAGCCUGGAACAAGAGGUUUUCCUGGGUUUCCGGGUCAGAUUGGUUUAGACGGCAAACCAGGGCAACCUGGACAGAAGGGAGAAGCGGGCCCAGCUGGUCCCAAAGGACAACCAGGAACCACUGGACAAAAAGGAGAAAAGGGUCAAUGUGGAGAUUAUCCACACAGGCUGUUGCCUCUUCUCAAUUCAGUGCGGCUGGCUCCACCCCCAGUCAUAAAGAGACGCACCUUCCAGGGUGAACAGGGACAGGCAGGAAUCCAAGGGCCUCCAGGGCCACCUGGGCCACCAGGCCUCCCAGGGACUCCAGGACCAACUGGACCAACUGGACCAGCUGGAAAAGCAGGAGAACCAGGGAAGCCCGGCAAGGAUGGAAAGGGCUUGCCAGGACCUCCUGGACCAAAGGGGGACCCUGGAAUUCAGGGGUACCAUGGAAGAAAGGGUGAGGUGGGUGAGGCUGGCUUACCUGGCACCCCUGGCCUUCCUGGUCCUUCUGGCCCAAAGGGGGAGAGGGGCAUGCCAGGGCUACCAGGAAAACAAGGAGUUCAGGGGGAUCCCGGAAUUGCGGUGGCAGGCAUGAAGGGUGAGCCAGGGAUUCCAGGAACAAAGGGAGAACGUGGAGUUGCAGGGAAGAUGGGCCCCCCAGGUUUGCCAGGGAAAAGGGGGCAGAGGGGCGAGAAAGGAAAACCUGGUGAUCCGGGACCUCCUGGAACCAUAGGACAAAAGGGAGAUAAGGGAGAUUCUGACAAUGCACUUGGAGGGGGUAAAGGGGAACCUGGACCCCCUGGAUUACCUGGACCUCCAGGACCAAAGGGUCCCAAGGGUGAACCAGGAAAGAAUGAAAUGGUAGAUUACAAUGGCAAUAUCAAUGAAGCUUUACAGGAGAUACGAACCUUGGCUCUUAUGGGGCCUCCUGGACUACCUGGUGUUGCAGGUCCUCCAGGACUACCUGGACAGAAGGGUGAAAUUGGCCUGCCUGGUCCUCCCGGACAUGAUGGAGAAAAGGGUCUUGAUGGCCUAGCUGGAGAAAAAGGUGAUCAGGGGGUGCCAGGACCUCUAGGCCUAACAGGUCCAAUCGGACUUCCAGGAUUAACAGGAGAGAAAGGAGAACCUGGAGCAAAAGGAGACACUGGAGAUUCGGUAGCAGGGCCACCAGGGCCCCAGGGCCCACCAGGAACACCAGGUCUUCAAGGUGGUCGAGGACCUAAGGGGGAAGCAGGCAUUUCUGGAAUGAAAGGCGAAAAGGGUGCCCAGGGAGAAAAAGGAGACCGAGGUCCUCUGGGAUUGCCCGGUGCUUCAGGUUUAGACGGCAGGCCUGGCCCACCGGGUACUCCGGGACCAGUUGGAGUUCCAGGACCAGCAGGACCAAAAGGAGAGAGGGGCAAUAAAGGAGACCCUGGAACAGCAGGACCAAUAGGACCAGCAGGACUUCCUGGUUCACAAGGCUCACCAGGUGAAAAAGGAAACCGGGGGGAAAGGGGCAAGAAAGGCUCUAGGGGGCCUAAAGGGGAUAAGGGAGACCAAGGAGCACCUGGAUUAGAUGCACCCUGCCCAUUGGGGGAAGAUGGCUUGCCAGUUCAAGGAUGCUGGAAUAAGUGAAGAUUCUAACUAUGGACUGGCCUGUGUGUGUAUGUGUGUUUGUGCAUAGAAUAUUUAUUUUUAUACAGUGUUCUUUUUGGAAGUGCCAAAAGAUAAUGCAUUUUUCAAAUGAUAAAGAGCUGCAUAUUUUUGUACAGAAAAUGCUACUUUUCUCCUUUUUAUCUGAUCAGUCAUUUGUAUCGUUAUAUGUAUAUUGAUACUAUGCUACUUGCAUUGUGGAAUACAGCUGCAAUAUUUGCAUGAUAUUUGUGCACUCAUACUAAGUGAUACAGCUAAAUAAGUUAUUGCAUUAAGGUGCCAGGAAGAAUCACUCUAUGUACAUAGGAAGACCAACAAAGCCAUUUGAAAAUGAAUGCAAGAACUUAAAAUACUGUGGACUUUCAUUAUUAAAAUGAAAUGAAAUUAACAUUUGUAAAAUAAAUCAUAUAUAUAUAAUGGUAUUUCAUGGGAAAACUUAAGCCAACAAAGCAAGAAACAACAGGGAUCACCUGUGUUCAACUCUAUCGCCAGCAGAGGGCACCACUGAUUAAAUAACUAAAUUUGUAGGAGAGUUUGUGGAUAACAAAAACAUGCACAUACAUAAAGCACUGAUCUUCUAGAAUCAGUUAAAGCAAAGGUUUACAUUUUAAUGAGGUAGUCAUUGGUGGGAAUAGCCGGCUUCCGAUACACAACUAAGACUGCACAAUCUUAUACACCCAUACAAUAAGGAAGUUGGCCCCAUUGAACUCAGUAGAAACCUCUAGCAUUCAUAACAACCCUUUUCAGUUCUUGGACAUCUUUUAAAAGCUACUUUUAAAAGCUCUUUCCAUGCAUUGCUGCUCUUCAAAUAUUUCAUUCUAAGGAGCAUCAAAUGUUAUUGCACUAAGAUGCAUUUAUUCAGCAUUUCCGUUUGCCCCUGCACCCUGCAAGAUCUCACAACCCAAACAACUGCUGUUUUCCUCUGGUUUUAACACGUUGCUUCUUGUCCUCACUUCAGUGCCAAACUAAAGGUAAUGCAGGAGACUGAAAUAAUGAAUUGUGGUCACUAUUAAUUAAAACACAUGAACCCAAGAGACCCAGUGGUGGCCCUGACCCCAGGGGCCCCCAGGCUGCAGCUAAUUUUUAAAAUAUAUAUACCGUAUAUAAACGCAAUCCAUGAGAAUGAUCUCAAGGUCACAUCUAGUUGUGCCCUCAGAUCAGUGGUCAGUUAGGUUUCCUUUGACAUUAACAUAUGAUAGAUUCUUAACUAAAUAUAUGCUGACCACUUCACAUAGAGGAAAGAGCAGCUUUCUGGUCAAUCCACUGAAACCAAGACAAACCCACAGCAGGAUGUGCUUUGGCUUGGUAGGCCAUGAGGUGUGUGUGCCUCAGCUGAAUAUUUCCAAUUAUUUUCUCAUUUUCCCAUGACUCGUCAUUCUUCUCCCUAACCUUCUAAAUCUCUUCUGGCUUCUCAGCUUUUCUUGAACUUUAGUAUGGAGAACAUAGUACAAGUGAAGCCUUAAGCCCUGUGUAGAUGACUGCUAUGUAUUUCUCUAGUCUUGGAAGCAGUACUAGAGUUAUGUAUACUAUAGACACGGACCAGUAUUUUAAAAGAUGUCACUCAGGUCAUGCACCAUGCAAAUUCCCCAUCAUGACUACCACCAAUAUCCACACUAAGGACAGAUCUGCAACAUACAUUUAAAGCAUACCCAACACACAUUGAAAGAACAUUACUUUCUCCAAAGAAUCCUGGGAACUGUAGUUUAAAAGACAGAAUUGUAGCACUGUGAAGGGGGAAACUACAGAUCCUGGGAUUUGGGGGGCGAGCUAUGUGCUUUAAAUGUGUUGGGUGGUCUUUAUAUCUGCCCCUGCUCUGCAGCUGACAAUUCAAAAUGUGCACUGCAUCCCCAUGAUGCACCCCAAACGAAUAAUUAUGAAACCCAACUCAGAUUUAGUUCACUAUCAGGGCACAACAGAAAACUAGACUGUUCCUGGUUUACAAUGUCACUAUUCUGAGUGGAGCAAAGGAUUGUGCAACAUUCCAGCUGCAGUCCACUCACAUUAUUUCAGAAAGGUGUGAUAAAAUCCCAUCAUUUUCAGAAAAGGGAUGGCACAGGUGCAAAACCCAAAAUAGCUAAGUGAAAAAUACUUGCUGCUGGUGUAAUCUAAGGAUUAUAAAUGUUUUUGUUUCAAUGGAGCCCAGUGGAACACAGAUAAAAUUAAUUUGAGAUUUUGCAUAGUUUUAAGUACAUGAGAGCAGUACUUUUACUAAUAUCUGAAAGGACAUUUCUAUAUGAAAUAAUAUAUCUGUCACUUAAAGGGUCAAACUCCUUGGCUGAUAGCCAAAUAAUGAAACAAGUAAGAGAGUGGAGAUAUUUGUGGAAGGCCUACAGUGGUGACAAGAACAUCCUGCUUGAAGGUUUGCUGAAGAUAUUGAAUGAGUUGCCUCCAAGGAGCACGGAAGUAUUCUUGAGCCACACGCACCAGAGUUUUGUUCCCGAACAGUGGACCUGGUGAGGCUACAGAAGGUGGAUACCCCAGUGGUUUUUGCUCUCUCCUUCCAGAGGUCGGCACCAGUGCCAGAUGUGAGAGAAACUGGCUUCUGUUUCAUCAUAUUUCUUUUCAUUCAAUUCAGUCUGUUAUGAUAAUAGGAGCCUUCGUCUGAAAAUCUUGACAUGUCAUACAGCAGCUGAUGUGAAGAAGAGCAUUAGGACAUAAGGCAACUUUCUGUGGUUGUUGCUUUUUUCAGAAGAGGGGCUAUUUUUCUCAUAAUUCUAAGCAAUAAACUUGAAUAUUGACUCUGAAAAGCAGCUCAGUGAAGAUACAGCAACACUUUGCCAUCUUUCCUGGUUGCCCAGUGAUAAACAUUCAUUUACUCACAUGAUGAUUCCAUCCUUAACCUUUUCAUGGCUUCUCUUCAAAAGCUACCGUUUAUUUUUCUGCAAGAAAGUUAUUAUCCUUUUGGUGUACUAGAAGUUAAUUUUAAAUUUGAUAAAUGUUUGAUUUCUUUUUUACAUAAUUUUAGUUCUACUCAUUUUCAGACAUUUUUCAUACUAAAAACACAUUUGUCAUGAAGUAUUUGCUGAAGUAUUGUCAUGAAGUAUUGAACUCUGUUCAAUUUCUCUAGGUCCCCUUUUCAGUGGAACUACCCGUGCUAAAAACAUAAGGGUACCGCUUUAACAGAUUGUACAAGUUUAUGGGACAAAAGAUUGGGGGGGAUAUAACUUUCCAAUAAUCUGCUGUCAAUUUUAAUGACAAUUCCCCCCCCUUUUGAAUUUUGAUAGUUUGUUAUAUCAUCUUAGUUAAGAAGUCUCAAGUGGAUGCAAUAUAGUUCCAGUAACUUACUAUUUUGUCAACUACGUUUAAAACUUCUACUGAUUCCUCUACUGUACUCCAUGUGUAUUAUUGUUAAAUUGUUUUAAGUGUAGGUAUCUCUGGGAUGUCUUCUGUUGUGAAGACUUGUGCCAAAAAUGCAUUUACUGGUAGUUCAUCUGUAAUUUACUUGAUUGUUUUUUUUCCUUUUCUGAAUGCUCCCUUAUAUCUUUGCCACUUAUUAAGCCCAGGGCUGUAGCACAGUUAAAUUGACCCAACAGCUCCUUGCAUACAACACUUUUGCAUACAUUUGGGUUCCCUUAUUCCUUUCACAUGAGGCAAUUCUGUAUAUACAUCUGUUUACACAUGCAGAUCUGCAUCCUACAUUGCUGAAAAUGGAUUCAUGCAGAAAUAUCAUAUUCACAUAGGAGUGCCCACAAAGUUCUAGAUGAGAACUGUCAAUAAACACUAAAACAGCAACAACCCAUAAAUUGUUAAGAAAACAGACAUAAUGAUUGCUUGAUUGCUGGAUGCUUCUUUCACCAGGACAGAAUUCAUGGAAUGAGGCUCCCCCCACCUUCCCUCUAGUCCCCUGAAAGUCUGUUAGUAGGGACUGGGACACUUUUGGGAUAUACUAUGGGGGCCUGCAGAUUAAAAUCCCUCACUUCUGAAAACAGCAGCAGUCCAGGAUCUAAACCAUUAUGUUUCAUUUAUUGCUUAUAAAUCAUAGUUUAGUGCAGAGCCUGAACUAUUCAGUAAGAAAAUAGGAUUUCACAAUACUGAGAACAAAUAGUAUAAACUAGUUACUGGAAAGCUUAAUUGCCACUGGGUACUAUUUCAUCACUAGAUGAUUUCUGCCACAGCUUUAUCUGCAGAAAAACCAGAAAUGGGCAAGUCAUAAGUGAUACAGGGUAGUUGUUAAUGAGACUUGCACUUAAGUCCUUAUAAUUAAAAUUAUACCACACUGGGCACAAUUAAGUGCACUAUUAUGAACCAAUGCCAUUGAAAUCAAUGGGGCAUAAGCAUGGAUCUGUGUUGCAGUGUAGCCAUAAUUUAGAUGUACUGCUAGGUUUCAAGGAUUGUUUCCAUCCCAACCUCCACAUAUACAAUCUGGUCAGCAAAGGUGUUCACUGCAAUGUUGGAGGAGGUUCCAUAUGGACAAUGGGGAUGCAUACAGAGGACUCUGCCCAGCAUUGAGGAGAAAGCCCUCUGCACUUAGGAAUUCUUUAUGUAUGCACCUGCAAAAAAUUGGAUUGGACUGAAUGUUCUUCAGAUCAGGGAGAGUGUGUGCUCACAAAGAACAAGAAGAAAUUGAAUGUUACUUCAAAACAGAUUUUAUAUAAGACUUAUUCAAUGUAAGUAUUAACAGGAACUGCUAUUUUUGCAUAUCAGGUUUGUUGCAGUUCUUGUUUUGUUGAGGUAAGAAUGUGUCCAACUGCAGGGCGGUGUGCCUUUGUAUUUUAAUAUAUUCAUAUUUUAAUAUUACAUUUCCUUUUUUAUUUUGUUAUAUAUUCUGUAGCUGUAUUUUGAUAUGGAAAGCAAGAAAAUUGUAAUUGUUCCUAAACCAUUUGUUCUUAGGGAUAACAUUUUCUUGCCUUCCAAGUACACUAUCUAAUUGGUGCUUUUUUUUGCUGAUGGGCAGAUGUUCAGCUCGGAAGUUGUUGUUUUUCCAAAGACUACCCUGGGGACCAAACAACUGUGGACUCCCUAAAUACAGGCCCCCAAUCAAGCUCUAGCAACUCAGUUAUAUUUGGCUAAUACCACCAAGAAGAGGACAGGGAAUCACAUGCCAGUGAAUGUGCAUCUAACUGUGCACCCCCAUCAUUCUGGCAUACGUAUAAUUACGCACCACUAGAGCUGGAUUGAGGGAUCAAAAUGGUCUCUCUCAAUAAUAGUAACAAUUUACACAAAAUGUAGGGACCAGGAAGGGAAAAGAAAUGGUCUCUCUUGAUGACAGGUGGUCUCUCUAAAAGAAAACAGACUCAAACAUGUCUGUUCUGUUUGAAGCGAUUGUUAAAAUGAAACUAACCUCCAUACUGCCAUUUUUGUGAUCCAAAAAGACACUUUCCUGUGCUUUAACUUUCAAUGUGCAAAUUGUCCAAAGUAAACAACUCCUUGCUCAGAUACACAGUAUACCUCUGGACAUGAAGAGGCUGAGGAAUGAGCAAGAGAGAGGACUGCCAUCACCUUCACACUCUCCUUGUAGGCUUCCUCUAUUGAAAAGAGAAUGCUGGACAAAAUGGAUCUUGCUUGAUUCCCAAUGCAUUUAUGAAAUAAUUGAGCAUUUAAAUGCUAAGUUCAUUAUGCAGUCUAUAUAACCUUUGGGCAUUUGGGUUGCUUGCAUAUUUAAGUUAGCUCUCAGUGGUUUUAAAUCUAAAUAACUAAAUACCAGCUUUGCUUUAUGAAUGAUGUAUGGACAAGGAAUUAUAGUUUUUUACAUGCAUUAAUCUUAGGUUUUAUUGUUGCUAUUAUUUUUGACUAGUUACUAUAUUAUAUUGAGAUUUCAGACAGUAAUUGGAAGUACUGUAUAAGGAUCUGAUGGUAAAUCCAUUAGCUACUUUUUCCUGUUAAUACAUUGCUCCUGGUGAGUGCCAACUUCCAUUUAGAGAAAAUUCUGCAUGUCUCCGCAUCCCAAUACAGUUCAACACCUUACUUCUACAUAUCUUUCAUAUCCUUUCAAUCAGUGCCACUCAUUCUAGUGACGCUUAAAAAUGAGUGCACAUUCUCCUCAUGCAACAAAUAUAUUUUCAUAAAAUAUAUUUAACCACCUAUUCAAUGUAUCUACCAAAUGUUCUCCAAUAUAUGUAAUCAAAAAAUUCUAGUCUUCAUUCUACAUAUUCUUCCAAAACUAGAAAUCAGUGCAUGCCAAACCGCAAAAAAAUAUAGAAAGUGAAAUUAAGUCUAAAUACAUUCUAGCAGCUAUGCAAGCUUUUGUAUAAGCAUGAGAACUCCUAGAAAAGCCUAUCUACAAUAGCUCUGUGCACUCUCGUGCAAGCAUUUUUGGAAUGCUAGCAGCAACUUUCCUUCCCCUUCAGUUAAUUAUGGGAUCCAGCACCACAAUGUCUAAAAAUGCAUGUCCAAAAAUAAUGUUUUUCAUGCAAAGGAAUUGAUUUUUUUGAAGAAUUUCCUGUGAGUAAAGACCCAUGAAAAUCUUUCCAAGGACCCAUCAUAUCUUACUCAUGUGACUUAUUGAAAGAUGACAAAUUAGUUUUAUUUGCCUUCCGUGUGCAUUUACCAACAACAACAAAACUAGUCAUGAAUUCAAAGUGUUAAUUUAGGACAGACCCUAUAGGAAUUAUUUCCAAGUCCAGGUUAAGGUAGAUCAUAAAUAAAUUCUAGGAAUCUUCAUAAAUAAUAGGUAAAGAUAUUAAAAUCAGGGCAUACAGAAAUCUGCCAUUUAAGAUUCUUUUUGUGGUAUCCUACCUCAGAAUAAUCAAUGGGAGUCUUGUAAUAGCUUCAAAGUCAUCAUUUCAUUCUAGAUAUUUAAGCUAUCAGAAUUUUUUUAAAAAAAAUGAGUAGCUAAUCUUUUGAAUUAAUAUUUGGUUUUAUUUUAUUUAUUUUUAAAAGACUUUGGUUAUGGAGCCAGUUUUUGCAGGAAACUGAUUUGCAGAAACAAUUUUUUGUCGUUUCUGGUUUUGUCGAUUUACAUGACAGAAUAUGCUUUUUAUCUGGUUUUAUUUGAUGUACAAAUAUUUAAAACUUUAUUAAAGUGGUAUAUAUUGCAUUGUUGGGGCAUUGUUUCUACAUUCUCCUACAUAGGCUUCAACUGAUUUGAGACAUACAUCUUUAUAUCUACAUAGGUUGCGAUGAAAUGUUCAGUUUGUUAAAUCACUGCUUGGCAUGCCGACUAAAUAUUGUAGGUUUGUCAUUGGUAUGAGCUUUCGUGUGCAUGCACACUUCCUUCAGAUACCAUGUGCAUGCACACGAAAGCUCAUACCCAUGUCAAAACUUAGUUGGUCUCUAAGGUGCUACUGGAAUUUUUAAAUUUUGUUUUGACUAUGGCAAACCAACACGGCUACCUACCUGUAAAUAUUGUAGGGUAAUAUUUAAUGAGCUUUUUGAGAAAGUAACUUCAAAUUCUUUUUACUUCAAACAGAUAACUAGAGGUAUUUAUCCAUUUAAAUUGGAUUAUCUACCUAAGCAGUUAUUAUUGUUGUUUUUUACCUGUUUCCUCAGGCAAUCCUUUAUUUAUCAGAGAUGCAAACUCAUCAAAUUAUAUGUAGCUUUAAAGUACAACCAAAUACAAUUCUACUCAGAAGUGUAUCCCAGAUAACAGGGUACAAAAUUGCAGCCUUAACUUAAAUAAUUCUGUUUAAAUAGUAUAUAUGCGUGAUACGUUAUUUUGAAAUUAACUGCAGCCAAAGCUUAUGCCCACUUAAAAAUAGUAUUUCAAGCUUCUGCUGAAUACUGAUUUAAACAUUUAGGUUUAUAUCCAACAAGUCAUAUACAGAGUCGACCUACUGAAAUCAAUGGAUAAGUGCAGUUUUAUUUUUAACAUUCCCAACAAAAUAACUUUUUGGAGAAAUGGAAUCAAGCAUACAUCUCAUCAUUAUACUGUAACAAAAUGUAAGGAGAUGAUGCUCAGAUCUUUAAAGUAGUAGCAAAAAAAAAUUGUUCACUUUUAAUGUAAAAAUAUACUCAAUCAGGAUACGUACACAUUCGUGGCUUGAAAAGCAGUGACAUGUUUUUCUUCGCAACAUUUCCAAGUCACAUUUUUAUGUUGCUGUACACACAGGAGAGGGAGCAGGGAUGUCUUCAACCAAUGUGCAUUACCUGCUACUCCCCGCCCAUUCCAAUUCAAUGAAACUUUCAUCAGCACAUGGCCAGCCCACCCAUGAGGACUGGUGAAGCAGUCAACUCACGUGGCAGAUCCAGCCUUUGAGGAGCACGUCGCUCACCGCCUCCUGUGCUUGUCGGCCGCCUCCUCCUCCUCUGCUCAGAGUCUGUUCCUCUCUGGCUUCUUUUUACUCCCCACCACCACCUUCAGCAUGCUGGGCCUUCUCCAGACCACUUGCCUGUGGCUGCUGAAAAGUGGUGGCAUGGGGUGCUGCAGAGGAAGCAGCAGCACUUUCUAUUUUGUCUCACGAGGCAAAAUGUCCUAGGCCAGCCCAGACAAUGGCUAUCUGAAAUGAACACACCUCAGAUUAACUGCUGUUUACGUUUUCAAGUCAGAUGGAAGGUGGUUUGAGGGGAAACACAUCAAACACCAGUAAUUCCCAAGAAACUGGAGGAUAUGGAUCGUGGCUAGCACGAUGUGUCCAUGGUUUCAAACCAUCAGUGCUGGGAGCACACUGAGCUGAAGUACAGUAAACUGCAAUAUGCACAUAGCCUCAAGUAUAAGAAUAGCUUUCUUAGGUAACAUAGAGGAUAUACGCUCAAAUGCCAUAACUAGUUCUCCAUUCUUUUAUCAUACACUGUGGGGCAACAAUUUGAUCCUACUCCAAGAAAACUACAAACAUUCACUGUGCUAACAUUUACUUAUCUUGUAUUAUUUCUGUAGUGAGGUUAUUAUUUGGGAAACGUAAGUUGUAUGCAAUUCUGUACUGUUGGCUUAUUGUAUAUGAUGUAAAUAUUUAUCUUUUUAAAAUGGCAAAUGUUUACGAUUUAUUAUUUCAUGCAGCCGAUUUAAAAAUAAAG